AUGUCGCUUCGUGUCAAGCUGAAUUAUCUAUCAGAAAUUACUCGUUCACUUAUCAGCCGUGAGCAAAACAGACGUGGUGCGAUGAUUUCGAUUGAUGGAUAUUGCCCUAAGGCUGUGGAGUUUAUCACAUCCUAUCUUAAUUACAUUUUGGGCAAUAACUAUAUGUCCGAUAUCUUCAGAGGCCCGGUCACUCCGGUUAUCUGUUCUCAUUGCACUCAGCAGUUGCAGCGUCUGGGUGACCAGGCUAACGCGUCUUGGAAGCUGACGAUAGCCGAAGUCGAGAAACAUCUUCAGAAGCAACAAAAGCACCGCUGCAAACCCGUGGCUCUUGUUCCGCAUUAUCAGCUUACAUCAAUUGAUUUACUCUGCCUAAAUUCACCUAUUACUCACCGAAAUAUCUCACCCGAAGACAAGUGGAGACAGCAAGCAGAUGCUUGGAAAUGCUAUGCCAGACCAGAUAUCAUUGUUUACAUUGAUGAUCUGAAGAACGAAGACUAUUUCGAGUUGAUUCAAGUAGGGGUACAGAAUUUGAUCAUAUGUGGCACUGAGCGAUCAUCAGGCUUUCCAACAUGGCAUAUCAGGCGUCGUAUGGUGAAGGUGCUCAAAAUCAUACUAAACGAAGCCAGAUUUUGA